CUUCCAUAUCCUCAAAGAAACUCAUUACUUCUCUUUGAAAGAUUCUGUGACAUGGGUUUCCGUUUGCCUAGAAUUGUUAAGGCUAAGCAAAGUCUUCGACGAUCUUCAUCGUCUGGAAACGGAGCAUCAGCGAUCAACGUUCCAAAGGGGUACUUUACAGUUUAUGUUGGUGAAGAACAAAAGAAGUGUUUUGUCAUUCCAUUAUCUUACUUGAACCAACCUUCAUUUCAAGAUUUGUUGAGUCAAGUAGAAGAAGAAUUUGGAUAUGAUCAUCCAAUGGGUGGCAUCACUAUUCCUUGCAGUGAAGACCAUUUCCUUGAUCUCACUUGUAGCUUGAAUGGUUCAUGAACCAGAGGGAUUAGUGUUUAGAAUAGAUGGUAUAGACAUAGAAUUAGAAAAGUACAGAAUUGUUGUUGUACACUGUUCAUAGUUCAUAGUUCUUUUCAUGAACAAAGCAUUGCAUUGAACCGGUUACUUCUUUUCAAUAUGGAAAUGUUCAAAUUGGCAGCUUUUUGA